AUGGCUGCCUCCACAACAUCAUGCGCUGCCAGCCUAAGUGCCGCCUCCUGUGUGUCUCCGCCACCGCAGCGCCGCCAUGGCAGCAGCUUCAAGCCGCCGCAGCGUUCUGGACGGCCGGCGGCGACGACCCUAUCCGCGUCAGGCAACCAACGGAACCUAUCGUACUUAGACUAUAGGACAAGCAGGACUAGAAGAGGCGACCGAAUCAGAGCUGUAGAUGCCGUGACCAUGGAUGGCUGGGCAGCACGGCUUGAAGCCCCGGUAGCGGUUGUCACUGGAGCGUCUAGAGGGAUUGGCAGAGCCAUAGCUGUGGCACUUGGCAAAGCAGGGUGCAAGGUGAUUGUGAACUAUGCCAAGUCAGGCAUGGAAGCUGAAGAAGUGUGCAGAGAGAUCGAGGAGUCCGGUGGGACGGCGAUCAGCUUCGCUGCCGACGUCUCUUGCGAGGCCGACGUGGAAUCCAUGAUGAGGGCCGCAAUUGAUGCUUGGGGAACUCUGGAUGUCCUGGUGAACAAUGCAGGGAUUACACGUGACGCACUGCUGAUGCGGAUGAAGAGGACCCAGUGGCAAGAGGUGGUUGAUGUCAACCUCACAGGCGUUUACCUCUGCGCGCAGGCUGCAGCGACGGUGAUGAUGAAGAGGAAGAAGGGAAGGAUCAUCAAUAUCGCAUCAGUUUCCGGGAUCAUCGGCAAUGUCGGGCAGGCCAACUACUGCGCCGCCAAGGCUGGGGUCAUCGGCCUCACCAAGGCCAUGGCCAGGGAGUACGGCAGCCGAAACAUCAAUGUGAACGCCGUAGCACCGGGCUGGGUGGCGUCCGACAUGACCGCCAAACUAGGGGACGAUGUGGAACGGAAGGCGCUCGAGACCAUACCAUUAGGUAGCACUGUCAACCUUCUCUUCUCAGCAUCUGUUGGUGUCUGA